AUGAGUCGUCAGGAGUCUCCGGGGUUGUCAGGAGUCGUCAAGAGGUCGUCAGGGGUCGUCGGGUGUCGCCAAGAGGUCGUCGUGGGUCGUCAGAAGUCACCAAGAGGUCGUCAGGAGUCGUCAGUUGUCGGUGUUGUAUCUCAGGUGUUGGUAAUUAAUGUGUCUCUCUCCUUCAGGUACCUGGGGGUGGUGGGGGUGACGCCUCUCCUGCCGCAGGGGGACCAGGAGGUGCAGAACGUGAGCACCUCGUCUGCCAUGAGUAUCUGCCAGCAUCUUCCUGGGUUGGUGCAGCAGCAGGUGGCCGUCUGCCAGAGUCACCCAGACACCAUCAGGAGUGUGAGUGACGGUGCCAGGCUGGGCAUCAAUGAGUGUCAGUAUCAGUUCCGUAACGAGCGAUGGAACUGUACUACCAAGAGUGGCCCUGGGAGUGACCUGGACGUCCCCUUCGGUGACACCAUCAAGAGAGGGAGCAAAGAGACGGCCUUCAUCUACGCCGUGACGUCAGCAGGGGUAGUGCACGCGGUGACUCAGGCUUGUUCCUCUGGCAACCUCACUGACUGUUCCUGUGACAUGAGCAAGCAAGGACUGUCUACACCUGAGGGAUGGAAGUGGGGGGGUUGUAGUGAUAACUUGAGGUUCGGGGUGCAGUUCGCUCGGCAGUUCGUGGACGCCCCCGAGAAGGAGAGACACAAGAAAUUCAAGAGAAGACGAAACCUGAUGAACCUCCAUAACAACGAGGCCGGACGAGAGGCUGUAGCGAGGCUAAUGAAGAUGCAGUGUCGUUGUCAUGGAGUGUCGGGCUCCUGUGAACUCAAGACCUGCUGGCGAUCCAUCCCGACCUUCCCUGUCGUAGGAGACUAUCUCAAGAACAAGUACAGAACUGCUCUCAGGUACAAGCGCAAGAAGAGAAGCAGUUCCCGUCGGCGUGAUUCCUCCCGCAGGCGGCGAAGGCGUCGUGGCCGCCGCAAGCGUCGAUUCCUUGCGGGAAAGGAUGAGCUUGUCCACAUCCACAAGUCCCCAAACUACUGCAUCCAGAACCUCAACAAAGGCAUACUGGGAACCCAAGGCCGCUUCUGCAACAAGACAUCGCUAGGAGCUGACUCCUGCGAUCUCCUGUGCUGUGGCAGGGGCUACAAUACCCAGGUGGUGAAGUAUGUGGAGCGUUGCCACUGCAAGUUCGUCUGGUGUUGCCAUGUCAAGUGCAAGACCUGUGUCACCAAUGUUGAUGUUCACACCUGCAAGUAGUGUGUGGCUGUGUGUACGUUGAGAGGGUGAUGUCGCGUUCUUUAUGCUCGUUGGCCUCUCUGAAGACACCAAGAGGAAGGAGACGUACUAAAACUUGGCUCAAAAUCUUCGGUAGUCAGGAGAAGAAGUUACCCCACACCAAGGAGAAGUUUCCCCACACGAAGGAGAAGUUCCCGUCCCCCCCUCCCCUCCCCACACAGAAGAAAUUCCCCCACACGCAGGAGAAAAUCGUCGACUGUUGUGUGUAUAUGUGUGUGUGUGGCUGGUGGCACUACUGGCCUGAAAAAUACAAAUAUAGAAUUAAAAAAAAAUCUAAAAUCAAUCAUAGAAAACCCCUAAAAGUGUUCGUCUGAUAAUAUAUGGAAAAAAACACACACACACAAAAAAACAGAAAAAUUGGAAAAGAAAAUAUUACGUGAUGAGCCAUAAAGACGUAUUCUUGUUUGGUUAAAUAUAUAUAAACAUUAAAAGAAAGUCGAACUAUAAUUUUAUUUGGGGUGGGUAGCUGUGUUGUGAACCAGCCUAAUACAGUAUGUUGGUGUCUGGACUUCACAGCAAUGUUAGUUUAUCACUUCAAAGUCGUGGUAACAACAUUAAAAUAAAUAUAAAUAAAUAGCUUAGGUUUCCAUAAGUCUGGAAAGUUUAGAGAAAUAACUAAUCCUAUAUAUUUUAGCGGUAGUUCAGCCUGUAGUGGUAUACAUGACUAUAAUAAAUAAACCUUUUCUUUUGGGUUCGUUAAAUAUCACGAUGACUUGUUUACCUAACUUGUUUACCUGACUGUUUACCUAACUGUUUACCUGACUGUUUACCUAACUGUUUACCUGACUCACAGUAUAAGUGUGUCAUCGUCAUACAGUUUGUCAGGAGUUUGUCUUUCUUUGGCCUUGCGUUUAUAUUGUGUUCAUAACUGCGUUCAUCAAUCUCAUUUGUGAUUAUUGAUUUUCCUCCAUUAGUUGAUGAGGUUUGUAUUUGAUAUUCAAGUACGUGUUAACCUGAAGGAAUUAAUGACAUAGAUAACGGUACUUAUCAAACUCUUUUUUUUAAUACAAUGUUCUCUAUUUUGCAAAGACUUUUUUGAGGUAAAACUUUUAUUAUUAUAUAUACAAUACUUUACAAAGUUUUAAGGUAUUAUAUAAUGUCUCAGAUAUACUUUGCAUGUCGCUCGGAGAUACUAUACCACACGACAGUCAUGUGUACACGGUGUUUUACGAAGUGCUUACAGAGGCUUCAUAUUCCAUCAGAUUCUGUACAUGUGUUCAUCCUGUUCACUGUGACAUAGUAGGCUUGGAGAUCAAAAUAAUUGUAAAGAACACAAUACGACCAUCGUCCAUGUUCUUUUGUUCUUUUUGAUGACACAGUAAAGAUGAUGAACAGUUAUGUAUAGAAAAGAACAAUAAAUAUUCACAAAUGUUUAAAAUGUUCAUCAUCAUUAAGGGAGACACUGUAAACACAAAGUAAGAGUUGUCAUAAACAUCGUGUAUAAAUGUUACUGAUAUGUUUACUGAGGGUUUAAAGGGUAGUUUUUAUUUAAACACUCAUGACCAACUAAAACAUGAAUGGUAAAAAGAAUUAGCCAAAUAUUCCUUUGAGGAUAAUGUUGAAUCUCACUUUUUUUUAAUAUUAAAUAAACGUAAAGAAUUGUGUGUCUGUGUGUGCGUGCGUGUGUGUGCGUGCGUGUGUGUGUGUGUGUGAGUGUGUGUGUGUGGUAUCUCUGAUGAAACCGUAGCAUCUCUUUCUCUUGUCGUGUCACAUAAAAAAAAAAUCAAAAUAUUUUAUAUGUAACGUGAUGUACGGAUCAAAGUACUAUACUUUCCAUGAGCUGUAUGAAUAACCGAUCAAAGUAUUUCCCCCAUUAUAACCCAUCAAAACUAUUUUAUUCCCCUUGUUACAAAUUAAUUGAUCAAAGCAUUUUUUAAAACAAGCCAUAUUAACAUUACUAAAUCAAAAUGUUUCCGGUCCAACCUUGGGAGAGAAUCAAUCCCCCUUCAAAAUAUUUCUCACGUGAAGUAUAUCUGUAAUAAUGAAUGACAUUUAAAUAAAGAAAAAAAAACAAGAAUAAGGAUUAGGUAAUAAUUGGGAUUCUUACACUUACCUCAUAUUUAUGGUGUCUGUGCAUAGUGACGUUCUUUUAAGCUGUGUUUGUAUAUAGCGAGGGAAAAAAAACGUUUCCUUUCAGCUUUGUCUUCAUGCCAUUCAUAAAUGUGUUAUAAUCAUCACUGGGUCGUGAAUAUUCUAGUUUUUUUUUUUAGUUUAUCUUUGAGUGUAAAGUAAUAGAGAAAUGGUUAAAAUUGUCUUCUCUGUAAUGAUAAGUUGUUUUGGAAAUAUUUUAAUGCCAUGAGUGUUGUGUUAGCGUUCGGUUGCUUCCUCUGAUCUAGCUGAACUUGGCGGCUGAAGUAUUUAAACUACCGAUCGUUAAGUCUUUGUGUUCCGACAGCCUGGUUACUACAAGCACCGUUCACUGACGUAUUUCCUACACUAAAAAACAACUUAAAAAAAUAAAUAACGAAAACGAUAAAUUCCUUCUGUUAUAAAAAAAAAAAUUACAUCUCAUCGUAAACUAGAAUAUUCAAUCCUGGGAAAAAAAUGCAAAUAAGCUAUUGUACAUUAAGAAACAAUAUCAUUUGUAACUGUAGAGAUUAUUAUUAUUUCUUAGUCUAAUUGGUUUUAUAUUGUAUGGUAUUAUGGGGCCUAUACAGUACUGAGCUCGAGAUGGCUCAAGAAAUAAUACCGAUAAAUGUUUAGUUAGUCUAUUGGAAGAUGAACUGGGAAGAGAAGAGUUGACAGAGGUUAAGUUACCGACGCUCAUGUGUUCUGGUGGAGUCACAUCAUGUCCUUAUUUUAUCCCAGGAUGUAUAGAGUUUAUUAAAGGGGUCAGGUCAGAGCGGUUCAUUGUUGAUAUGCUAGUGUUUUGGUUGGUGUCUGUCUGUCUGUCUGUCUGUGUGUGCCUGUGUCUGUCUGUCUGUGUGUGUGUGUGUGUGUGUGUGUGUGUGUGUGUGUGUGUGUGUGUGUCUAAUUGGUUAAAAUAAAUUAGUAUUUUGCCAUCUAUGAAUCUCUGUAUUUAGUUAGGUCGGGAAUUUCAGGUGUGUCUGGGGGAAAGAAAUGUGUUAUCUUACCUACACCUGGAUUUUAUUUACCAGUACACACACACACACACACAUUGUAAACAUCUUCCUUACAC